AUGCCGCUGCCUUUCAAAGUGGUCAAGCAGUUGUGGGAAUUGUUUGAUGAUUUAUAUUAUCAAGAUUAUCCUAGUAAUGAAAGUGAAGAAUAUAUGCAACGAGUUAUGGGUAUGGAUUUUGAACUCUUGCCGGAUAUUACAACACACCCGCUGUGUGACUUUUGUGGACACCAAAACGCACGGGGAAAGUACAAUUGUAAAGUUUGUAAUUUUUCAUUAGCACAACCAGAAAGUACUUACCUAUGUCAUCAAUGCGGUGGAUACUAUUCAAAAAUAGAUUAUUGUGAAGACGAAUGUAAAUUUGAUGAUGAAGAAGAAUAUUGUGAGAUAAUAGAAGAUGAAUGGUCUAUGAUGAUAGACCUUCCUACAUAUCUCGAUUGA